AAUAGUAGAAGAAGAGUCGACGUUGUGGUUGGUCAUUUGACCAGUUGUCCUCUGAGCCUCACAGUCUGAGCUUAGGUUCGAGUCGCCCUUCAACAUAAAGAGAGUGUUGUUUUCAGCUAAAGCAGAAACCAUUCAAGCAUUAAACUAUGGCGGGGACACUUGCACGGAAAGCCAUUGAUCACCUCAAGAGUAAAGAGUUCAGGGAUUAUUUGAUGAGCACGCAUUUCUGGGGUCCUGUAGCGAACUGGGGUCUUCCCAUAGCUGCCAUCACAGAUAUGAAGAAGAGCCCUGAGAUUAUCAGUGGUCGAAUGACCUUUGCUUUGUGCUGCUAUUCGUUGCUCUUCAUGAGGUUCGCCUACAAGGUGCAGCCACGUAACUGGCUACUGUUUGCUUGCCAUAUAACCAACGAGACAGCACAGCUAAUUCAGGGUGGUCGUCUCAUCAAAUACAACAUUGAGAAGAAGAUGAGCUCUUAGUGGCAGAAGGAAGCAGACGCAGAACGGCACCAUGCUGCAGCCGCCUAAACCCCCAAAACCAGGACAGCAAAACUCAUGCAUCAAAACAUUUUAUCUUAUUGAAACAGUGACACUUAAAUUUUAAGCCUGAAGUUACUAUCAUUGACCAUCCUCUUGACAUUUGUCAUUUUUUACUACAAUGAAAAAAACAGAGAUGGUUUCCUUUAAGAAUGAAGGUCAUUUACUGUUUUAUUUUUAGAUUUUUGCAAUGUUAAACAUGACACAGUGUGGGUGAAUGUACAGUCAGCUAACCAGCCUGACAGUUGGAUGCCUUUUACACUUUCAGACUAGGCUUGAACUGUCAUUAAUCACAAUCAUCAUCUCAUUUCAGAUCAUCAGAAUUAAUGUAUCUGUUACUUUCUAACCAGCUCAGUAAUCUAAAUAUUAAUGACAUUUUACAGAGAAACAAGCCUGAGAACAGUUCACCAAACAUGUCCAUACUGUAGCAAAUUUUUUGCUAGUUAAUAUGUAUGUUCAGUCAUUUGCCUUUUCUUAAACCCACAAAAUACACAGAGCGCAAAGUUUUCUGUUUGUUGUUCCCUGGAACAAGCUAUUAAUAUUAAAUAAUUGUAUAAGGAGGUGUUUAAAUCAUACAUAGUAGUUAUGUGGUCAAACUGUCCACACUGUAUUAUAAUAAAGCUGAGACUAUCUAGGUUACAACCAUGGGCAAGAGCAGCUGCUUCUGUCAAUGCUGAAAAAAUGUACAGUGUGUUGUUCUAACAUCUCAUUCACGUUAAUUUAUUGUUGUAGAAUUAAUUUUAUGUUUCCCUAACUGAUGAUUUGAGGCUCUGGGUUUGUUAAAAUAAAUUGACUAUAAACAACUUGAACACAA